CCACAAUCAGCUCAUGACAAGGUUAUCAACAACUCCGCUUUCCUCGAUAUGCGCAACUUGAGAGUUGUUGGGCGGUCGCUGCUUCGAUUCUCCGGCGAAGAUCCAUUACCCCUCACUGCCACAGCCUGGGACGUCACAUCGAAUGCUCUCGUAUGCGCCUUUGGGCCCACAGAAUCACGUGCCACCAUCGAAGUCAAGAAGCUUCAUAUAUACCACGAUGUCAACGGUGCCCAAGAACGACUUGAAAGCGUGGCAUCCUGGGAUGCGCCAUGUCCCCUGCCUUCGCUCACCCAUGACUCAAUAGUAGACCUCCAUCAUUUUUCGGACUCCUCAACAACAUGUUUGGUCCUUGCUGGAGGUGACAUUGUGUUAGUGCGCCAAUAUCCUGAAAAUGGAGAAGAGUUGGUGGAAAUUGUGGGUUCCGUAGAUGCCGGAAUCUCGGCUGCCUGUUGGUCCCCGGAUGAAGAGUUGCUGACCAUUACUACUCUGGCCGAUACUUUACUGUUGAUGAGCCGAGAUAUCGAGAACAUCGCGAGCAUUACGCUUUCACCUGAUGAUGUCAACGCAUCUAACCACGUCUCGGUAGGAUGGGGAAAGAAGGAGACUCAAUUCAAAGGCAAAAGGGCCAGAGCAUUGCAGGAUCCUACUAUGCCAGAAACUGUCGAUGAAGGUGUGCUCAGCCCCUUGGACGACCGCUCAGUGACUAUAAGUUGGCGAGGUGAUGGUGCAUAUUUCGCUGUGAACAAAGUUGAACAGGAGCGCCGACGUAUGAUUCGCGUCUAUUCAAGAGAAGGCCAGCUCGACAGUGUAAGUGAACCUGUUGAUGGACUCGAGGGAGCUCUCAGCUGGCGGCCAUCUGGAAAUCUCAUCGCGGGCACCCGACGCUACGAUGGCCGAAUAGAAGUGGUAUUCUUCGAGCGCAAUGGCCUACGUCAUGGACAGUUUGACUUGCGUUUUACACCUGAAGAGUUGCAGGCUCUGUCGACACCACUCACGCUACGAUGGAAUAGUGACUCCAAUGUUCUGGCUGUAGCGUAUCAGGACAAAGUCCAAUUCUGGACGAUGAGCAAUUAUCACUACUAUCUCAAGCAGGAAAUUAAACUGCCCGAUCAUGCCGUUGGAAACGUACUAUGCACCUGGCAUUCCGAACAGCCGUUACUAGUUGCGUUGACGACCGCCGACGCGCUCCAAGUCCUGGAAUAUGCUUCCAUUGUCGCCUCCGGCUCAGUAGUGCCGCCACAUGAUUUCGGUGUUGUUGCGUCAGUCGACGGGCUAUCACUGAAAUUGACACCAUUAAGAAUCGCCAACGUUCCACCACCCAUGUCACUCCAGCAAAUUGCUUUGGAUCAAAAACCAAUCGACGUUGCUUUCUCUAUGAGCGGGACACGCUUAGCUGUGCUAUCUGAGGAUCACCUCACGGUAUAUGCUGUGGACUUGCAAAAACGCCCGGUGCCUGUGCCUACUCUUCUUUGGCAAAGCAACGGUCUUGCAGGUGUAUCUCCUCGACAAGUUACAUUUGUUGAUCAAGAUCGGAUUUGUGUGUUGACCGAUAGCUGGAGCGAGGAAGAAAGUAGUAUUUGGAUCAGCGAGGGAGCAGAGCUUCUUCCUCAUGGAGUCAUCCUGGAGCCUCAGAACGUUUCGUCUGUCUCUUCAGGUGUGGAUUUCAAAAAAGUGUAUGCCACAUCCCGUGAAGGUGCCAUAUAUGAACUGUUGACUAGCGAAGCGGCGGAGGACCUGCCUCUGUCAAGUUCGUUGGUCACGAGUUUGCCGACUUUUGCGCCAGAAGUGAAGAUGGCAUUUCUCGAAGGAAACUCAGUGGCCUUUGGUCUGUCUAAGAGCGGAGUGCUGAGUGCCAACAAUCGAAUUCUAGUCCGGAACUGUACUUCAUUCGUGGUUACUCUUACUCACCUUAUCUUUACGACCACGCAACACCUUCUUAAAUUUGUACACUUAAAUAACGUAGAUGAACUCGAAAUACCUGCGGACGAGCCACAAAAGGACGAGCGAUGUAGGAAUGUGGAACGCGGAGCCAAACUUGUGACAGUAGUUCCGACGACUUACUCUGUGGUGUUGCAGAUGCCCAGGGGCAAUCUCGAAACUAUUUAUCCUCGUGCUCUUGUUCUCGCAGCCAUUCGACGAAGUAUUGAGGCAGAUCGCUACGACGAAGCUUUCCUCACUUGCCGAAAUCAACGUGUCGACAUGAAUAUCCUACACGACCAUGACCCAGACCGCUUCAUGGCAAGUCUUCCGAAAAUCAUCGACCAAGUCAAGAAGAUAGAGCAUCUGGAUUUACUCCUGUCACAGCUCAGGAACGAAGACGUUUCGAUAACAAUGUAUAAGGAAACGCUAAAGACCAAAGAUCAGAUGAUUAAGGAGACUCAUUCCCCUGAGCAUAUUGCCAACAAAGUGAACCGUAUCUGCGACGGAUUCCUUGCUGUUCUUGAAGAGCCUCAGUACAAGGAAAGUCAUCUACAAAACCUGAUUACGGCCCACGUAUGCAAGGUGCCUGCAGACCUGGAGUCUGGCUUGCAAGUGAUAGGACGACUUCAAGCCUCUAAAGAUCCGCUUACGGAACGAGCUGCCGAACAUAUAUGUUUCCUUGCAGAUGUAAACCAACUCUACGACACAUCGCUCGGGAUCUACAAUCUCGAACUUGCGUUGCUCAUUGCACAACAAUCACAAAAGGACCCUCGAGAGUAUCUUCCACAUCUCCAAUCUCUCCACGACCUCGCGCCACUACGCCGGAAAUUCUCGAUUGAUGACCAAUUAGGUCGCCGUGCCAAAGCCCUUGGACAUCUUAAAGAACUAGAAGUCUUCGAAGAAGUCAAGCAAUACGUCCAGAGGCACACUCUCUAUCCGGAAGCCCUCGGCAUGUACCAAUACGACAUGCCUCACCUCAAGGCCAUCAUGCAACUCUACGCCGACCACCUCAGCAGCACCAACCAACACAAAGAAGCCGCGCUUGCAUACGAAUACCUCCAAGACCACGCCUCAGCAUGGCCCUGCUACCGCUCCGCCAACCUCUGGCGCGAAGCCCUCUCCUCGGCCACCCUCGCCUCCAUCACCCCACCCGAGCUCGAAAACCUCGCCACCUCCCUCGCCGAAGGCCUCGUCGAAGCAAAAGAGUACCUAGCCGCCUCCACAAUCUACCUAGACCACCUCUCCGACCUCCCCACGGCAACCCGCCUCCUCUGCCAAGGCUGCUACUUCGCCGACGCCCUCCGCCUCAUCACCCUGCACAAGCAACUCCCCCUCAUAGAAUCCAUCCUUGACCCGGCUCUCGCCGAGCGCAGCGGCGACAUGACCGAGUUCCUCGCAGACAUGAAGAACCAACUGCAAGCCCAGCUCCCGCGCCUCCACGAGCUCCGCACCAAGAAAGCAGAGAACCCCCUCGCCUUCUACGAAGGCGUCGACGAAGCCGACAUCCCGGAUAACAUCUCCCUUGCACCUACAAAUACUACGUCCGGAGGCACGCUGAUGACGCGGUACACGCAGCGGUCGUCGGGAACAGGGACAAUCAACACGCAGACGACGCGCAAAACGUCCAAGAACAAGCGGCGCGAAGAGCGCAAGCGCGCACGUGGGAAAAAGGGAACGGUAUAUGAAGAGGAGUACCUCGUCAACUCCAUCGAGCGGCUCAUUGAACGCAUCAACAGCAUGCAUGAUGAGAUCCAACGGCUUGUGGAGGGUUUGGUGCGCCGCGGGAUGCGGGAGCGCGCUGAUGCUGUCGCGAGUGCGGUCCAGCUUGUUCUGAAGGGGUGUCGCGAUGCUGUUGCUGAGGUGUAUGCGCCUCAGGCUCAGGGGAUCGCGGGGCAGGAGCAGACCGGGUUGAAUGGUUUAGAGGGGGAUGCGGAAGUGGUUAGGCCUUCUGGGGCGGAUCGGACGUUGAUGGAUAGCAUGGCGGAGAUCGAGAAGAAGCGCGCCGCGCCUGUUGUCAAGGGAUUUGAAAAGUUGGGUUUGCUGGGGUAG